GGCGGCGUGAGAAGGGGAGGUGGUGUAGGCGCCGGAGCAUCCUGCGAGUAGCAGGGCCGUGAGGAGGUCCCAAUAGCUGAAGCUGUAAAGAAUCCAACACACCAUGGAAGAAAGGGAGAAUGUGAGUCGAAUACCUGAAUACCGCCCCAUCCACCAAGAGGGCCACCUUGGUGCUGGCGACAGCAACAUGUCACCUGAGGGACAGCAAGAAGCUCUUCAGCUGAAGAAGGAAAUCUCAUUGUUAAAUGGGGUUAGCCUUAUAAUAGGCAAUAUGAUUGGAUCAGGGAUUUUUGUCUCUCCAAAGGGCGUCCUGAUUCACAGUGCCUCCUAUGGGUUGUCACUUGUGGUAUGGGCCAUUGGGGGUAUCUUUUCUGUGAUUGGUGCCCUCUGCUAUGCAGAACUGGGAACCACCAUCACCAAGUCUGGAGCCAGCUAUGCUUACAUUUUGGAAGCCUUUGGGGGCUUCAUCGCCUUUAUCCGUCUGUGGACCUCACUGCUAAUCAUUGAGCCCACCAGCCAGGCCAUUAUUGCCAUCACCUUUGCUAACUACGUUGUCCAGCCUGUGUUUCCCUCUUGUGAGCCACCAUAUAUAGCUUCUCGUCUGCUUGCUGCUGCUUGUAUAUGUCUGCUGACAUUUGUGAACUGUGCAUAUGUGAAGUGGGGCACGCGUGUGCAGGAUGUGUUCACCUAUGCCAAGGUUCUUGCCCUUAUUGCUAUCAUCAUCACAGGCCUUAUAAAACUGUGCCAGGGACAUUCUCAGCACUUUAAGGAUGCAUUUCAGGGCUCUUCCUGGAAUAUGGGAAACCUCUCUCUCGCCCUGUAUUCUGCCCUCUUCUCUUACUCAGGUUGGGACACCCUUAAUUUUGUAACAGAGGAAAUCAAAAACCCGGAAAGGAAUUUACCUCUGGCUAUUGCAAUUUCUAUGCCUAUUGUGACACUCAUCUAUAUCUUGACCAAUGUGGCCUACUAUACGGUGUUGGAUAUCUCAGCUGUGCUGGGGAGUGAUGCUGUGGCUGUGACAUACGCUGACAAGGUGUUUGGUAUUUUUAGUUGGACAAUUCCUAUUGCUGUUGCCUUUUCUUGCUUUGGGGGCCUCAAUGCAUCAAUCUUUGCUUCAUCAAGGUUGUUCUUUGUGGGCUCUCGAGAAGGUCAUCUCCCCUAUCUUCUAUCCAUGAUUCACAUUGAACGCUUCACACCUGUUCCUGCUUUGCUUUUCAAUUGCACCAUGACCAUCAUCUACCUCAUUGUGAAGGAUGUCUUCCUGCUCAUCAACUACUUUAGCUUCAGUUACUGGUUCUUUGUGGGCUUAUCAGUUGUAGGGCAGCUUUACCUUCGGUGGAAGGAGCCAGAGAGGCCCAGACCUCUUAAGCUGAGCCUGUUUUUCCCUAUUGUUUUCUGCGCAUGCUCUGUUUUCCUGUUGGUUGUACCCCUUUACAGUGACACCCUUAACUCCCUAAUUGGCAUUGGAAUUGCUUUUUCUGGGAUCCCAGUCUACUUUGUGGGUAUCUACUUGCCUGCGUCCAAGAAACCACUCUUCAUUGGGAAGAUUGUGGCUGCUGUCACUAAGGCCACACAACUACUCUGCCGCUGCGUCCUAACUGAGCUGGACUUAUGCGAAGACAGGAGCACCGAAAGCAAAUCUGAUUAAAGGCCAGAAGCUUCUUCCCCGAAGGCCAGGAAAGCCAGCUGCACAUGGGUCACCAAAGCCUGGGUGACUUACAUCUGGGAAAUAGGAUAGCAGAAUCUCCUGAGGACGGGGAUGAGUCUUCAUCAAGUUUGGAACUUGGUUUCCCCACAUGGCAGCCCUCUUCUGGAAUGAAAAAUCCAGCCCCUUGUGCCAAUAUCUGGCAGGCUUAUGGGAGAGUCUGUGGAACAUUGGUAAAGGAAAAACAUCAUUGAGGAGGGGGAUACCAUACUGGAAUGAAAAGCUUGGAGAGAGGGCAUGCCAGUGAGGAGAUAGAGACUUUGAUUUUAGAAAGAGCAUAUAACCUUCAUCCCUGGAGCCAGACAGUAAUAAGCUAGUCUUGUAGAAGAAAGUCACAUCUUCAGUUUCCUAAGUCAAAAGUUUGAAUUUGGUCAGAGGAAAGUGAUUUUAAAACCUGGAACUCUUAACCCAUCCCAUCCCACAUUUUCUCCCUCCUCCCCCCCAGCUCUUGCCCUCAGCAUCAUCCCUAAACUUGGAGCCCAUUAAUAGUCAAUCUAAGUCAAAUCUCCCUAUUAAUGGUCUGCAAGUUUUGGGCAAUGUCCGCAGUGAGGGAGAGUGAAGAGAGAAGAUGGGGGUGGAGAAGGAUUCUAGGUUUUAAAAUAGCAUUCCUCUGACCAAAUCCAAACAUAAUUGAGGAGAUUGAAAAUGUGAUCUGUUUCUUUUAUAGGACUCUGGGUUAUAUACUUCCUGCCUUUCUAGGAGGAGAGGGUUAUGUGCCUUUUUAAAAAAUUGAAAUUAUUUAUCCAAAAUAAUUGGCCUUGGAUUGAAACAUCAGGCAUUCCUCUGUUCAGAGGUGCUGAUAGACUGGGUGCAUUUAUAAUUUCCCAGAUAUCUCAACAGAUUCCCUUUGGUCUUUUUAGUUUCUGCUGCAGGUAGAGAUUUCUGAUGGGUCAGAGUCUACCAACUGGUGGUGGUUUCAAUUGUUGAGUAAAGUUCGGUGGUCAAAUUUCUCACUCUCCUUGACUCAGAAUGUUUUUGUACACAUGCAGGUGUUCAUAUGUAUACGUUGUGUGUCUGUUAAUAAGCUCUGGCUAAUGUCUUAGCAGGGAAAAAAGAUGAGCGAAUUCAUGAGUGAGGGUUCAUACUCCUUUUGUAAAGAGAUGUCACUUAGUUUACUUAAAUGAGGCCCUAUGUCUUUGUUUUAGGCAUUAGCACAUGUAAAUGUGGGUUGAUUGAUGACUCUGGAAAGGGGAUUCAGACACAUUUACUGCUACUUAUUGAAAACAAAUGUGUUUAACCCUGAAAAAGAAAAGUAUAAAUUGAACCCUGAGACAUACAUUUCCUAAUUCUUUUCUGAUAAAGACAGCUAGUAGUCAGACCCUUUUUCACACACAUGUACACAUCAUGCUGAUGUGUUAGGUGAUAGUCAUUUUAAUUUUCUGAAAACUUUAGUUUUGGAACUCCCACUGGCAUUCUCAUAUUGGCCCCAUGGCUAGAUUGCCAGGGUUAAUAUACCUCACAAGUCCUAUUGCCUCAAUGUGUGUUCCAUGUGGGAAAACACACUCCCUCCCUCCUUGUUUACCCCGACUCUUGGGAGUUGGUUAGGCUACAGGAGGGAACUUUCCCUCAAAGUUUGGUUGGGCUGAGAUUUGA